AUAACCCAUUUUUUUCAUUAUUUACCUCUUGAACAUUUUCUUUAUCAGAAUCCCGAAUACCAUUUGAAUUGCACCAAACACUUACCUUUUAAAAAAGACUAAACCUUGACUAAUCAUGGUUCUUUAAUCACACUUUGGUUCCUCAAAGAAGCAAACAUUUUUGAUCAAUGUUGAUCACAAUCAAAGCCAACAAUCAAUAUUAAACAAAAAACAAGAAACAAAUAUUGUCAAUUUGCAGGUUUUGGUCCAAGAUAAAGUGAUAACUUGAAAAAGAAAGACACAAAAAAAGCGAAAAAAAACUUGCAACUUUGCACAAGGUUGACCAUUACAAUUUUGUGACUCGCCAAGUUUACAUCAACAAUUGUCACCAACAAGACAUUGAGUGUUAACCUUUUCAUUGGAUUUAUAAAUAUUGAUUGGUGCCCGUUGAAGCGCUUUUAACCUAACAUUUUAACCUUUUACCUUCUUCUUAAAACCUAAUCCAACCGUUUGCUAACUUUUAUCAAAAUUUGCUGUGAAAGAGGAAAUAAAAUUAUGUUUCAUUCAAUGUUAAUCAGCGUUUUAUUCACAAACUGGUCCACUCGAUCAAAGUUAAUCCUUUUAAUUGUAACCAGUUUUUGCCUUAACUCAUCUCAACUUGUUCUUGGUUCACCUUUAACCUGGUUUCCCUCUUCACCCUCCAACCCAUCAACAUCUUCACCUUCAUCUUUAACUUUGGCUGGUUCAUCUUUCUUGGUUGAUCCAAGUGAAACCGAUGAACCCAAUGGUUGGAUCCUGGUUGGUCCAGUUGAAAGUCGACCGUCGAUUCCAUUAACCAAAUCACUUUCAGAUAAAUCUUUCAAUGAAAAGAUGAAACGUUCAACCUCUCAACACCAUUCCCAGUCAACAAGGUCUAAAAGAAGUGGAAUCUCGGAUCAAAGAUUGGCUGAAUUAGAGGCACUUUUGGCUUUACGUAGACGCGAUCAUGCUUUAAGGGCUCAAAAUUCAAUGGCAAUUGGUGACUUUGAUUUUGAUCGAAUUGGUAAACGUAAACGUCGAGAGGAAAAUGUUGCACUCAAUUCAUACUAUGCUCAUCAACAUCCUUAUGAUUAUAAUCAAUUUGAUUGAAUGGCUUUUCCUCAUCAUCAUCAUUGUGUUUAAAAGUUGUGAUUUAAUUUAACAAAUGUGUAACAAAACAAAAGUAGAUUUAGAUUGUAAAUUUAGUAAGUUCAGUAAGUUAAUAUUGCGUUUUGUGUCCAUUUUGUGUCUUUAAUAAAAACCUCAUUAACAUUAUCGUCCAACACUAACAGAUGGACAGCAUUUUAUUAAACAUUAA